GGCAGUAUCGCCUUGUAGCAGGAAACACACACAACCAUAAGCUCUGUACUUGUUCACUGGCUGCUCACGAUGGGUUCUCUCGCGAAAAAGGUACUACUUACAGGUGGAACAGGCUUCAUCGCCUCGCACAUUCUGACUGAGCUGUUGGACGCUGGGUAUCAAGUGGUAGUGACUGUUCGCACACACGACAAGGGCCGCCAGCUUCUCGAAUCGUUGUCGAAUACCGGCGAUCAGGCUGCUUCGUACGUGGUGGUGGAGGAUAUUGCCAAAGAUGGGGCCUAUGAUGAGGCUAUCCAAUCCAUUUCUGACCUAGACUUGGUCGUUCACACGGCCUCGCCCUAUCAUUUCAACUACACCGAUCCUAUAACGGACUUCCUUGACCCUGCAAUCAAAGGCACCGCCGGACUGCUGGCCUCCAUCAAGGCUUACGCACAGACCGUCAAGCGAGUGGUUGUGACUUCCUCUUCGGCUACAAUUGUAACUCCUCCCAACCACCCAGAGGUGUACGAUGAGACCAGCUAUGGAUCGGUGACCUGGGAGGAGGCCAUGGUACCGGAGGUUACAUAUCGCGCGAGCAAGAUAUUUGCUGAGCGCGCCGCCUUUGAAUUCGUCGAGAAAGAGAAGUCGAACUUCGACCUUGUCACUAUUAACCCCCCGCUGGUGUUCGGACCAAAGCCACGACACGUCACCGAUCUCAAAGCCCUGAACACCUCAAACCACAUUAUCCGUGACCUGAUGCUCGGAAAAUGGAAAGAUGGGGGCGCGCCUAUCGCCAUUCCUUUCACUUUCGUGGAUGUCCGUGAUGUUGCGUUCGCUCAUCGUAAAGCGCUGGAGUUGCCCGAGGUCAGUGGACAUCGCUUCUUUACCGUGGCUGGCCACUUCUCGAACAAGCAAGUUGCGGAGGCUAUUCGUGCCACGCACCCGGAAUUGGCUCACCAGCUGCCUCCGAGCGAUAUGCCCGAUGACCUGCCCCAGCCUAUUUUUGGAUUUGAUAACUCCAAAUCGCGCAGGAUGCUAGGAAUGACUUUCCGCGAUUUGAACACUUGUGUGGGAGAUGCAGUAACCUCGAUGAUGGAGCGGGCUCAGUUGUAGAUAUUUCAGAAGUACACUGUCAGAUAAGCCUCGCAGGGCCAGGUAAAU